CUACCUCUACCAACAAUGUACAAAAAUAGCGAGAUAUUUAUAGUGUUAAAUAAUCGAGUUCCUGACAUUGAUAUUGUCACACACGCACUAGAGAUGUUAAUUAAUAAAUUGUGGUGUGCAUGUUUUCUAACUUUAUUCCUAGUUUUAAAAUGUAGCUCUUUGAAAAUUUUGGCUAUAAUGCCCCAUGUAGGAAAAAGUCACCAGUUAGUGUUCGAACCCCUUUUUAAGAAAUUAGUUUCAGUUGGACAUGAUGUCACACUCAUCACCAGGUUUCCACCAAAAAUUAACUCUCCACAUUGGAGAGCCAUCGAUGUGGCGACUCAGAAACAGAACCAAACGGAAUUGUUGACGUUCGAUUUGUUACCUGGAACACAAUUAAAUAGAUACACUGUGAUGUUUUUAUUAUCAUCAAUGGCUGAAACUGUAUGUUCAGAAGGAUUGGCACACCCCAAUUUGCAUUCAUUUCUGAAAGAAGAUAACAAAUUUGAUCUCGUGUUGCUAGAAGUUUUCAAUACAAACUGUUUUAUGGGAGUAGCGAAACGAUUUGAUGCUCCAAUAAUUGGACUGCACUCCGCUACUUGGAUGCCUUGGAUGUACCAAUGGUUCGGUAUGCCCUACAACACCGCAUACCUUCCAAAUCAUCUAUUGGGAAACACUGACGAAAUGAGCUUUUUUGGAAGAGUAGAAAACACAAUUUCGCAUGUCUAUUGCAACCUCAUGUAUCGCAUCAACAUAGCUUCCAGGGGUAACGCUCUAUCAAAACAAUAUACAGGCGUAGACGUGUUGGAUCACGGUGAUCUUAUGAAGUCGAUUAGUUUAUUUUUAAUAAAUUCGCAUUAUUCACUUAAUCUGCCGAUUCCCUUAGUGCCUAACGUCAUAGAAGUUGGAGGAAUACAUGUGGAUCAACAGCAGGCCAACAAACUGCCCAAGGACAUUGACGAUAUUCUUAAGUCAGCACCACAUGGAGUCAUUUACAUGAGCAUGGGAUCUACUAUUCAAGGAGACAGUUUUCCGGAAUCAAAGAAGCAAGCAUUUUUUAAGGCUUUUUCGAAGUUACCGCAAAAGGUUAUUUGGAAAUGGGAAGGUGAGAUGAAAAACAAGCCGGAUAAUGUAUAUAAUGUCAGAUGGGCUCCUCAAAAGGAUAUUCUAUGUCAUCCAAACGUAAAAGUAUUCAUUAGCCACGGAGGUUUGUUAGGUGUCAUGGAAAGUGUUUAUUAUGGAAAACCUAUGUUAAUGUUACCCCAAUUUGGAGAUCAGUUUACUAAUGCUGCAGCAGUACAAAAACGCGAAGGAGGAGUAUUAUUUAUGUUAAGUGAAAUCACAGAGGAAGUUGUCACGGAGUCUCUUAAGAAACUGUUGAGUGCCGAAUUUGCCGGAAAAGCACAACUGCUAUCAAAAACAUUCAAAGAUCGACCCUUAUCCCCAACGGAUACAGCUUUAUAUUGGAUCAAUUAUGUGGUCAACAAUAAGGGAGCUCCAUUCAUGAGAACCACAGCAGUGGACAUGCCACUAUACCAAUACUGGUUAUUAGACGUCUUAGCAUUUAUUGGUUUUGUUUUGUUAGUGUUUUUGUAUUCAUUUUAUCGGUUAGCAAAAUACUUUGUAAGAAAGCUGUUUAAAAAAGAAAAUAAAUUAAAGAAAUCGUAAGAUUUUGUAAAUAUGUAGAUCUCAA